UUCUUGCAAAAAAACAAAAAACAAAAACUCUCUAAAUUUCUCUCAAUGGCUUCUUUUCUUGCUUCUUCAAGGGUUCCAAUGUCGGUGGUAUUGGUCUUGUUUACACUUGCUUCUUUGAUGGGGUCAUCUCUUGGUAACUUCUACCAAGACUUCGAUAUUAUGUGGGGAGAUUGGCGUGCUAUGAUACUCAACGAUGGUGAGCUUCUCAAUCUCAAUCUUGACCAAGCUUCUGGCUCAGGAUUCCAAUCCAAGAAUGAGUAUUUGUUCGGAAAGAUUGAUAUGCAACUCAAGCUUGUCCCUGGCAACUCUGCUGGCACUGUAACUGCCUACUACUUACAAUCAAAAGGGUCGGCCUGGGAUGAGAUAGACUUUGAGUUCUUGGGGAACUUGAGUGGAGAUCCUUACAUUCUUCAUACUAAUGUGUAUAGCCAAGGCAAAGGCGACAAGGAGCAACAAUUUUAUCUCUGGUUUGAUCCAACUGCUGAUUUCCACACCUAUUCCAUCCUUUGGAACCCACAAAGAAUCAUCUUCUUCGUAGAUGGCACCCCUUUUAGGGAGUUCAAGAACAUGGAAUCGAUUGGUGUUCCAUUUCCAAAGUAUCAACCAAUGAGACUCUACUCUACUUUAUGGAAUGCAGAUAACUGGGCUACAAGAGGUGGUCUCGUCAAGACUGAUUGGUCACAAGCUCCUUUCACUGCCUCCUACACGAACUUCAAUGCUAAUAAUGCUUGUGUUUGGUUCAACGGUGCAUCUUCUUGUGAUUCAAAUAAUUUCUCCCCUCCUUCUUGGCUUUCAGAGGAUCUUGAUUCAGCAAAUCUUGAUAAGCUUCAAUGGGUCCAAACGAACAACAUGAUAUAUAAUUAUUGCGCAGAUGCCAAGAGGUUUCCCCAGGGAUUUCCUCCAGAAUGCAACAUGUCUUAGAGGGAGAAGUAGACGCAGUCACCCAGCAAUGCAUGGUUUAUAUUAAUAAUUAAUUUCUUUCAUUGUUUUUACUCAUGCAAAUUACAGAUUAAUUAAUAAAUGUAUGUAUGAUUUUUAUUUUUGUUUGUUUCAAUGUUUUCCAAUAAUAUAUACGUGUUCGAUUUAAGAACUAA